GAGACAAAUCUUCAAAGCAGGUUCUUCUGUGGGAGCUGGUGACAAGAAAAUUACUCCAAAGCUUGAAUUUCUGAGCAUGAAAACUCAUAUAAGAUGAUGUCAGAAAAAUUCACAGUGAUGGAACCUCCCACCCCUGAGACUGGGGAAUUUCAUGAAGACAGAUUAGUGCAGCUACUGGGGAACCCAGAAAGGCAGAGCUUGGAGAGUCCCCCUUCUCAGGGAGACAGCUUGAAGCAGGUGACAGUGACCCACUGGAAAAUCCAAACAGGAGAAACAGCCCAGGUGUGUAGUAAGUCAGGAAGAAACCCUAUUCUGAACUCAAAUCUUCUUAUUCUUCAAAGAGAGCUUAUUGAAGGGGAGGCCCAUCCUUGUGGUAUUUGUGGCAAAAGCUUCCCAUUUAAUUCAGAUUUAGUUACACAUCAGAUAUCUCACACAGGAGAAAAGCCUUAUAAAUGUGAGCACUGUGGGAAAGGCUUCAGUCAGACCUCACUCCUCACGGAGCAUCAGAGAGUCCACACUGAGGAGAGAUUGUGUGUGUGUAAUGUGUGUGGGAAAGACUUUAUUCACUCUGCAAAUCUGGUGGAGCAUCAGCAAGUACAUACAGGAGAGAAGCUGUUCAAAUGUGCACAGUGUGGAAAAGCAUUUUGUCAUAGCUCAGACCUGCUUCGGCACCAGAGGGUUCAUACCAGAGAGAGGCCUUUUGAAUGCAAAGAGUGUGGGAAAGGCUUCAGUCAGAGUUCCUUACUCAUUCGCCAUCAGAGAAUCCACACAGGAGAAAGACCCUAUGAGUGUAACGAGUGUGGAAAGUCCUUUAUUCGUAGCUCAAGCCUUAUUCGGCAUUUCCAGAUCCACACAGAGGUAAAGCAGUAUGAAUGCAGAGAUUGUGGGAAGGCCUUCCGUCACCGCUCAGACCUCAUUGAACACCAGAGAAUUCACACUGGAGAGAGGCCCUUUGAGUGUCAUGAGUGUGGGAAGGCCUUUAUUCGAAGCUCAAAGCUUAUUCAGCAUCAGAGAAUUCAUACUGGGGAAAGACCCUAUGUAUGUAAUGAGUGUGGGAAACGUUUUAGCCAGACAUCCAACUUUACUCAGCAUCAGAGAAUCCACACUGGGGAGAAACUCUAUGAAUGUAAUGAGUGUGGGAAAGCCUUCUUUCUGAGUUCAUACCUUAUCCGACACCAGAAAAUCCACACUGGUGAACGGGUGUAUGAAUGUAAAGAGUGUGGAAAGGCUUUUCUACAGAAAGCCCACCUCACUGAGCAUCAGAAGAUCCACACUGGGGACAGACCCUUUGAAUGCAAAGACUGUGGGAAAGCCUUCAUCCAGAGUUCCAAGCUGCUGCUGCACCAGAUUGUGCACACUGGAGAGAAGCCCUACGUUUGCAGUUACUGUGGAAAAGGCUUUAUACAGAGGUCGAACUUCCUUCAGCACCAGAAGAUGCACACUGAAGAGAAGCUUUAUGAGUACAGUCAGCGUGGGAAGGGCCUAACCUCACCCCCAGACCUUGUCCACCAGGAAGGCCUUUCCCUGGAUGAGCCCCCCGUGCAUUUAAGUGAGAGGUCCACAGGUCAGGGAGGUCCUCCAGAUAACUUAUGAAAGAGAUACUCUCCAAGUCAGUGUGGUGCUUGGAAAUGGAGGGAUUUGGGAUACAUAUGGCCUCUUAAGAUGUGCAUGUGUCAGAGCUUCUUAAGUGGGCUGCUCUCUGCCACCAUGGCAAGGAAGUCAGUGAGUCUGGAGAGCUGACUUUGAGCUGGAACAUUGGAGGGACCUUACAAAGAAAUUCUAAGUUUUAUUCACAAAACACACCCUUUCAUGACAAGCAUAGCUGUAUUUAUUAUUACUUAAGAUGCCUAUCUCAAAGG